AAGUGGUAUGGGAGUGCUCCAGCUGUGAACAUGCUGAGGGCAUUUGGGUGCCAUGUGGUGUUUCAUGUGCCUAAGGAGAAAAGGGGGAAGUUGGAGGCUUCUGGAAGAUGGGGUGUGCACUUGGGGAUUGCAAAGGAUCACAAGGGGUGGCUGCUAUGGGACUUGACCACCCAGAAGUUGACAGUGUCAAGGGAUGUGAAGUUUCUGGAGUCCCUGUACUACAAGGAAUGGAAGCAGCAGCAACAGAAGCUUCCAUCUACACCGCUCAUUGUGGAGGCAGGCCUUCAAGACAGGUGGAGGUUGCAGUGUCUGAGGAGGAGAUGUCUGGGGUGACUGAGGAAGGGGGAGCAGCUGAAGUGGAGCAGCAGCAGCAACAGCAUGAGUCUCCACCUCGAGUUCCACACCCGCCUGAGCGAUCUAGGAGGGAUGUGCGCCCUCCGGUGAGGCUGACCUAUGGGGGAAGAGGCAAGCCGAAUGUGGUGCAGGCUGGGAGUGUGGUUGAGCAGAUUGAGGAAGAUGAGAUUGCAUUCUUCAACUCAGUGAAAGCGGAUGGCACCAGCAUUGGGGGUUAUGUGUGCUUGCUGGGAGGUGGUGCUGUGAGCUGGCGCAGCAAGAAGCAGAAUGAGGUGGGAUUGUUCUCAUGUGAGACUGAGUACAUGGCCUUACACCAUGGGGCCAAGGAAGUGGUGUGGCUGAGGCGCUUGUUGGAGCAGUUGGGAGUUGGUCAGGAGGAGCCGACAGUUGUCUUCUGUGACAAUGAGUCUGCAGUGAAGCUGGCCAAGAAUGCUUGUCUGCAUGGGCUGACAAAACACAUAAGGCCUAAGUGGCAUUGGGUAAGGAGACUCCUUGAUAAGGAGGUGCGGCUGGAGAUAGGGAAGACCCAUCAGCAGGCAGCAGAUAUUUUCACUAAGCGUCUGGCGGAGGAGAAUCAUUGGAAGGGCAUGAAGCUUGCUGAGAUGAGUGUGCAUUGAGUAUGCAUGCUUGCGAUGUGAUAUGGUGGAUGAUGGUUGGCAGCCAGAGGGGGAGAUUCUUGUGUGAUGUCAUCAUAUGCUAUCACAUUCUGUCUGCCUCCCAUCCCAUGUUUUCAACUUGCACAUAUGGUUUGACAGUGCGUGAAAGAGCAUCAAGAGCAUGUGUAUGGCCUCAAGAGUAUCA